AUGGGAUUAAAAGAUACAAGAUAUGUUUCAGUUGAAGAAAUGCUAGCCACCUUUUUGUUCAUUGUUGGUCAAAACUCAAGGUAUAUUCAGGCUCAAGAUAGAUUCAAGAGGUCAAGAUUCUCAAUAAGUACGAGUUUUCAUACAAUUCUGAAAGUGUUAAACGCACUUGCUCCAAGUUACAUGGCCAAGCCUGAAACAACAGUGCCUCCAAAGAUAAGAGAUAGCACACGAUUCUAUCCUUAUUUUAAGGAUUGUGUAGGAGCUAUUGAUGGAACACAUAUUCUUGCGAUGAUAAGUGGAAAGGAUUCAUCUAGCUACCGCAAUCGAAAAGGACAACUAUCACAAAAUGUUUUAGCUGCAUGCAAUUUUGAUUUAGAAUUUAUAUAUGUUCUUAGUGGAUGGGAAGGUUCAGCUCAUGAUGCUAAAGUAUUACAAGAUGCUUUAACAAGAAAUUUUAACAGAUUACAAGUUCCAGAAGGAAAAUUCUAUUUAGUCGACUGUGGAUACGCCAAUCAUCGUAAUUUUCUGGCUCCAUUUCGAAGUACUCGCUAUCAUCUUCAAGAUUUUAAGGGACAAGGCAAAGAUCCUGUGAAUCAAAAUGAGUUGUUCAAUCAUCGUCAUUCAUCCUUGCGAAAUGUGAUUGAGAGAAUUUUUGGCAUCUUUAAGUCAAGAUUCCUCAUCUUCAAAUCUGCUCCACCAUUUCCGUAUAAAACACAAGCAGAGUUAGUUCUUGCAUGUGUUGUUCUACAUAAUUAUCUUCGUAAAGAAUGUCGUUCAGACGUGUUUCCUGAAGAAGUUGUUGUCGCUGAUGAUAAUGAAAGUGAUGUUCAAGAAAUAGGUGAAGAUGAGAACAUGGAUGAUGAUGUUCAAAAUGGCACUCAAGAACAACAAAGAGUGAAUGCUAAUAAUUGGAGAGCAAAUAUAGCAGCAACCAUGUGGACAGAUGCUAUGCAUAUGGGAUCUUGA